UGGAUAUCUUUUUGAAAUUAAUUCUUUAUACUAAUUUAAUUAAAAACAAAUUAUAAAAUAAGUAUGGGACAGGGAAAGAGUCAGUUUUCAGAGGAAGAACUUCAAGAUUACGAAGAUCUCACAUAUUUUACUAAAAAGGAAGUGUUGUAUGCUCAUCAGAAAUUUAAAGCUUUAGCCCCAGAAAAAGUUGGACAUAAUAAAAAUGCUAAACUACCAAUGGCAAAAAUUCUACAAUAUCCGGAAUUGAGAGUUAAUCCAUUUAGAGAUAGAAUAUGUAAAGUGUUUAGUUCUAGCAAUGAUGGUGACUGUACAUUUGAAGAUUUCCUUGACAUGAUGUCAGUGUUCAGUGAAACAGCUCCAAAAGCAGUAAAAGCUGAACAUGCUUUCAGGAUUUUUGACUUUGAUGGUGAUGACAUGAUCGGAGUGUCUGACCUGCGUGAAGUCAUCAAACGUCUCUGUGGACCGGAACACAAGCUGAGCGACUCUGAAAUCCAACAACUUGUCCAGAAUGUUCUAGAAGAAGCUGACCUAGAUGAUGAUGGGGCACUCUCUUUUGCAGAAUUUGAGCACAUUAUUGAUAAGAGCUCGGAUUUCUGUCACUCAUUCCGUAUAAGACUGUGAAAGAAUGCUCAUAUUUAAGGAAUACCAAGAAACAAUUAAUACAUAAAAUUAAUCUCAUUAGAUAUUUUAACUUAUAUUAUUUAUGAAUGUGUAGCUAAAGGAAUAUAGACUCUUUGGUAUGUGUUAGUGUUGUUAAAUUAGCAUAUUACUAAGUUGUAAGGCAA